GCGGGCGGGCGGGCCAGGGAUGUGGGCGAGGCCGAGGCCCAGACGCCAGCGGUGUAAGUUAGGCCGCAGCUGCCGAGCCCGGGCCUCGGCUGGCAGGGUGCCCCGGGCCGGGCUCCGGCCAUGGCCCAUGAGAGGAUGGAGCUGGAACUGGAGCUGCCCGGCGCGCCGGCACCGAGCGACUGCGGUGGCCUGCGGCGCUCCAACAGCGCGCCGAUGAUCAGCGGCUUGAGUGACAACUCUCAGAUUUUUCAACCAGACGUUCUGCGCAGCCGGAGGAACAGCACAACGGUGGUGAACAGACAUAGUCAGAUCGUCCCUUCAUCACCUGUUCGUAUCCCGAGCAGCAGGCUGCAUCAGAUCAAACAGGAAGAAGGAAUGGAUCUCAUGAACAGAGAGACAGCACACGAGAGGGGAGUGCAAGCCGCAAUGCAGAUGAGCGUGUCAUGGGAAGAGAGCUUGAACCUGAGUGACAACGACUUGGAUAAAUCUGCCUCACCAAAGCGCAUUGACUUCAUUCCAGUCUCACCAGCUCCGUCACCAACCAGAGGCAUCGGCAAGCAAUGCUUCUCACCUUCCCUGCAGAUUUUUGUCAGUAGUAAUGGGCUCCCUCCAAGUCCCAACCCCAGCCCAACACGCAGGUUUGCCACUAGGAGAAGUCAGAGCCCUAUCAACUGCAUCAGGCCCAGUGUGCUGGGGCCAUUGAAACGAAAAGGUGAGAUGGAUGUAGAAAGCCAACCAAAGCGACUAUUCCAAGGAACUGCAACCAUGCUGCCAUCGGAUGCCUCCCAUUCGCCAGAACACGACUCCUGCGCGAUACCGAGCAGUGACGUGUUCCUGCGCGUCUCUGCAGACUGCUUGGCCGGCAGCGUCAGCAACGGUGACUCAGGGCCCGAGUGCCUGGCCAGAUCCAGUGCAGUCCGAGCACCUGCCUCCAUCGUGUCCUUCACUACAGAUCCCGAAUGUUCACCAAAGUGACCCUGACCUCCCGAUGGAACGUUGGAAUGAGAGAGUUUGGAAGCAGAGUACAUCCAUAGUAAUAUGAUGUCAAAUGUGCAGUGCCAUUAAUAUGUCAUUGUCUAUCAGGAUCUCCGUGUAAAGAACUGAUUGUAGAAAUUCUGAGAAACAUUUUCUCCUUUUUUAAAAUAUUUUCCCCCUGAGAUUGCGCAUUUACUUUUUACUUCAGGACGUGGGGUCAGAGACGGUGAAUGGUGUCCCAGCAGCGAACCAGAGGGGAAAGCUCUAACGGCAGGCCGACUGAGGGCAACUGAGGCUGCACCUCUUUCACUUGCAACCUCCCGUUUUUAUGGAUAGUACUAACUGGAAAGGCUUUUGACUUGAAUUUAUUUUUAAGCCAUUGUCAACCAGGUUUCUGUGCUUUUCUCAAAUGAGCACAGUUGUUGAGAGCAGGGCUGGCAGCCGUAUUUCAUGGUGGGAGAGAUGGCCGUGAGCAUCGAAGGUCUCUGACUUCCAAGAGUUCUUUUGUACAGACCUGGUUACUUUAGUGUGUUUCUUUUUUGAAUGUUGCAAAAGCACCUUUUGCAGCCUGGCCUUGCCUGUGGGUCGGGCUGCUGCCGAGUGUUCCUACCUACCCUGUAACAAUGUGCAUAGUGUAACAUACCGCAGCGGUUACAGGAUCAGCCUAAUUUAAUAUUGUGCUUCACAGCUCUCCAAGACAGCAGCAACCUACAUUGCUUGGUAUGUGUAUAAUUCACAGAUCCUUCAAACAGAUUACAUGCUUUUGGCAAAAUAAAUUAUUAGUUUAUUGAGCUACAA